AAUUUGGAUGCUUGCUCUGCGGUCUAGCUAAAUUAUAUCAUCUCUACACCUGCUUGGAGGGAAGACUCUUCCGUAUAAUAACUCCAGCAAUCUGCCCUCUGGAUUCAUCAAUCUUGGUUCGCACGAUAUGUUUGUUCAAUAGUCUUCGAUUAUCUGUGACUCGGCUGGACUGUCGCGACCGGUGCAUUCUUAUCGUUUGUUGCUUCUAGAAUCUCAGUUAAUCUGGCCCAAAUUGGAGGCCGCCCGGAUAACAGAGAAAUCUUCCCUGCUCUCGCAGCAACACGAGACUACGUCACCCACAACACAAUGGCCGACGUACCCUUAGCAUCCUUAUCACUGACCCAUGUCCAUUAUAAUCCCGAAGAUCCGCUGUCUUUCGUGUCUGCUUGGCUCGCUCUAGUGCCACAGGCCCUGGUGAUCUCCUAUGUCACCCUUGCCUGGGCAACAAGAGAAGUCGAAAUAGCACUGAUGUUUGCGGGUCAGAUGGGCUGUGAGGCCUUGAAUUUUGUCCUGAAGCGCAUCAUCAAGGAGGAAAGACCGAAACAGAUGUAUGGCAAGGGUUACGGCAUGCCGUCGUCGCAUGCUCAGUUCAUGACUUUUUUUGCUGUGUAUGCUGGGUUGUUCUUAAUUGUCCGACAUUCCCCUGGCUUGAAACGUCCAGCGUCCACCAUUCACUUGGGGGUGCGGAUAUUCAUCUCUCUAGUGCUGUGCGUCGGUGCUGCUGCAGUAGCAGUUAGCCGCGUUUACCUGAACUAUCACACUCCGAAGCAGGUUCUCGCGGGCUGUGCUGCAGGUGUAUCUUGCGCUUUCGCGUGGUUUUUCAUUACGCGACAGGUUCGUAUUUUCGGUUGGAUUGACUGGAUGUUAGACUUGCAAGUAUCCAAGUUCUUCCGUUUGAGGGAUUUGGUGGUAAGCGAGGAUCUGGUUGAGGCCGGAUGGCAACAUUCAGAAGCGAAGCGACAGUCGAAGCGGAAGGGAAACAGUGAGCGUCGCUCAAAGAAAAUUCAUUGAAAUGGCUAUGUCCCUGAGCUGCUAAUCAGGGACUAGGGCUCCCGAGAGAUACUCUGUUUGAGUAACAUACCGGCGAUGCCGCAAUCUUAGCCUUGACCUAGAACGCGUCUGUGGCUAAUCUCUGAGCCUCGACACUCCCACCCUACGCCGUUUGGAACCUUGAAGGCGAGAGUUUCCAUCUCAAUGGCUCAAUUGAGUGCAUAGAAUAAUAUCAUUACCCUUACACUCACUGGCACAGUAGAAGCUU